AUGGGAAAAAAAGAGCAGAUGAAAGGGAAGGCAGUGGAAGUUGAACCAUUGGUUAAUGAGCCAAUAAAAGAGGAGGAGGCAAAGGAAUUUUUUAAGUUUUUGAAACACAGCGAAUACAGCAUUGUGGAAAAAUUACGCAAACAGUCGGCCCGCAUUUCUAUAUUGGCUUUACUUUUAAGUUCAGAAGAACAUCGAAAUGCGCUAUUGAAAGUACUAAAUGAAACAUAUGUGGCGGAUGAUAUUUCGGUGAACAAGCUGGAUCGGUUGGUCAACAAUAUAAGUGCUGACAAUUUUAUUUUCUUCAGUGAUGACGAAAUACCAUCUGGAGGGAGGGGUUCUACUAAAGCCCUGCACGUUACUGCCCGAUGCAAAGGGUACACACUCCCGGGGGUCCUGGUUGAUAAUGGAUCUGCACUGAACGUAUUACCUUUAUCUACUCUUAGUUGGUUAUCGGUGGAUAGUUCGCACAUGAAAGUGUGCCAGAGCAUAGUAAGGGCAUUUGAUGGAACGAAAAAGAGGGUUAUAGGGAGAAUCGAAGUACCAUUAAGGAUAGGUCCAAUUACUUAUGAGGUGGAAUUUUUGGUGAUGGAUAUUAAGCCUUCCUACAACUGUUUGUUAGGAAGACCUUGGAUACACUCAGCAGGGGCAGUACCUUCAUCGCUACUCCAGAAAGUGAAGAUAGUGUUAGAGGGUCGGGUGAUAACAAUAAAUGCGGAGGAAGAUAUCAUCGCAACAGUAACUAGUGAUGCACCUUAUGUGGAGAUUGAUGAGGAGACAAUAGAAUGCUCUUUUCAGUCAUUAGAAUUCGUGAACGCGAUGUUUAUUGCUGAAGGAAGUAGAAUUCUGGUACCAAAAAUAUCCAGGACCACGGAGAUGGGGCUGCGAUUGAUGAUUGGAAGAGGAGCUUCACCCGGGAAAGUAUUAGGAAAAUACCUUCAAGGAAAAAUUGAAGCACCUAUACUAAAGGAAAAGUUUGAUAGUUAUGGCUUAGGAUACAAGCCAGACAUGAAGCAGAAGAACAAAGAAGUAGAGAAAAGACAAGGGAGAAGAAGGGCACGGUUGAGCGGGAAAGAGGUUAAGUGGGAGCCUAUGUCCUUUCCCUACAUAUUUACAUCUUUUGUAUCGGGUGGAUUUAUUCAUCCUGAGCGUGGGGUGUCCAGAAGUGAAGACAUUGAAGAGAUGUUGGAAAAUGUUCAUGUCAAUUCUAUAGAAACAUCUGGGAAAAGAGCCUUGUUGGAGAUCUGUCCUUACGAACCUGGAAGCGAGCUAAACAACUGGACUGCGGAAGAAAUCCCUGAUGAGCAGAUCCUACCUUAUAGGGAAUCAUUAGAAAUCGUGAGCCUAGAGGAGGGAAAGGAUGUGAAAAUUGGAACUGAAAUCGCCGCAAAGACAAAGCAAGACCUCACUGAAUUGCUUCGAGAAUUCAAAGAUGUUUUCGCUUGGUCAUACCAGAAUAUGCCCAGACUAAGUACUAGCGUCGUGGUACAUCGUUUUCCCAUAAAAGAGGAUUAUAAACCAGUUCAGCAGAAGCUCAGGAGGAUGAGACCUGAUGUGGUGCUAAAAAUAAAAGAAGAGGUCAAAAGACAGUUCAAUGCUGGGUUCUUACAGGAGAUCAAAUAUUCAGAUUGGGUAGCUAACAUCGUCCCCGUUCCCAAGAAGGAUAGAAAUAUGCAUCCUGAAGAUAUGGGAAAAACAACAUUCAUUACUUUAUGGGGAACAUUUUGUUACAAAGUAAUGCCUUUCGGAUUGAAGAAUGCGGGAGCAAUAUAUCAAAGGGCUAUGGUGACCUUGUUUCAUGACAUAAUGCAUAAGGAGGUCGAAGUCUAUGUUGAUGAUAUGAUUGCAAAAUCUAGAACUGAAGAAGAGCAUGUUCAAGUCUUGAAAAGAUUAUUUUUGAGAUUGAGGAUAUUUCAGCUCAAGCUUAAUCCUGCAAAAUGUACGUUUGGAGCCAGAUCAGGGAAGUUGUUAGGCUUCAUAGUUAGUAAGAAGGGGAUUGAGGUGGACCCGGACAAAGUGAAGGCAAUCCGAGACCUGCCUCCUCCGCGCACUAAAAAAGAAGUCUGA